AGCGCGCGGACCAGCAGCCGCUCAAUACCCGCUCGUGGGAACCGCAGAGGUAUCGGAGCGCCACAUGCAGUAUGGACUAGUCUACUAAAAUUCCCAGGAGUGUAUGAGAGUGUAUAUUAAUAUAAAGCGGAACGUAACAGAAGGUAAUUUGGGAGUUUAAACUUUCCUGUCAGUUCUUUCGGAGUAAGAAGACCUGGCUUAUUUUCCUCCUUCAGAAACGUUUGGUCAACCUGCUGAAAUCAUGAGUCAGGCGGACAUGACCUGCUCUGCGCGUCAAAGAGUGUUUCAGGAAGCGCUCAGGAAGGGCAACACUAAGGAGCUCCACUCUCUCCUGCAAAACAUGACAAACUGUGAAUUUAACGUCAAUUCUUUCGGACCCGAGGGACAGACGGCGCUGCACCAGUCCGUGAUAGACGGCAACUUGGAGUUAGUAAAGCUGCUGGUCAAGUUCGGCGCGGACACCCGUCUCGCCAACAGGGAUGGAUGGAGCGCCCUGCACAUAGCAGCGUUUGGUGGACAUCAAGACAUCGUGCUUUACCUCAUCACACGGGCGAAAUAUUCAUCAAGCGCGCUCUGAGGCAAUCAAAGAAGAUAUCAGUAUGACGCCGUACCUUUAAAGCCUAUCAUAUAUUUGACCCACGUUGUGCCAAAGUAAAAGACAGCUUGUUUGUGAUGUAAACGUGUUUAGGAAAUUGAUUUCGGCACAGAUGAAUUCGAAUCCAAAAGGCUAUUGUUUUGAUGAUGUUGGGUUGGUACAAUGUCAUGGAUGUGGUCUGCCAACUUUCGAUGCGUGAUGAAAAUGAUCACAGGGGUAUUUAUAGAUUCAAAAAAACAACAAAUCAGUGAGAAAAACAGACUCAGGGUGCGAAUUAUGGUGGUUCGGGGUGGUGUGACUACUUAAUUAAGCUCUCAAAAUCAAAACAAUGAUGGAUUAUAUACAUUUGAAAAUGUUUAUAAAUGGUUAUAUGUUAAAAUGCAACCCCAACAAGUUAAUCCUUGCUCUUAAAAUAGUUUUGGAAAGUCGAGUUCGUUCCAUCAAGAGUCUUUAACAUUUAUUGAACCUUUUCUUACACUUCAGUAUCUUUACAGCUUUUUAGAUGGGGGUCCGGACCCUUUUGGGAUUUCCAAAAAUCAUAUUGAUUUUAAUAAACUAUUAGAAUCAACCCAUUUUAUCCAUAACCUACUGCUGAACAAAAUAGUAGUUAAUAGUAACAUUGUUAACAUGUUAAUACACUGUAAAACACAAAAAGUUAUGGUAACUCAAAUUAUUUAAGGAAACCGAUUGCAACAAACCAUUUAAGUUCAAAAACUAAUCCUAAUGAGUACUGUGAACUUAAUCCAUUUGAGUAAACAAAGCAAUUUAAGCACAGUAAAGCCCAAUAAAUUAAGUGAACUCAAACCAACUGAGUACUUUAAACCUAAUAAGUCAAGGCAACUCGAACCGUUUGAGGAAACCGAUUGCUAAAAACCAUUUAAUUAAAAAAACUAAACUAUAUGAGAACUGGGAACUUACCUCAUUUAAGUUGAAGUAAUGAGGUAUUUAAUUAACUUGUUACCUUCAACACAGAGUUCAAAACUCUUUUCAAAUGAGCAGAAAUAGCUUUCUGUAAAUUUUGAGUUAACUACACUCAUUUCAUUUGAUAAAGUUGACUGUUGGGUUUUACAGUGUAGUAAACAUUCAACAUUCAAAUGAAAAGCCAUCAGCCUUUUAAAAAAAAAUUUUGGCAACCCCUGAGGCGAUUACGUUAUAUUUGAUGGCACCAGGUUAAACUUUGACACCUUUACAGCACUUACAUACAUUCAAAAUAAAUACAGCCCUCUACUGAACAUGGAGGAUGGGUAGUGGCGUUCUCCGAAAUUAAAUGAUGAAUAGAUUUGGGCCUAUUGGUAUGUGUGCACCAUUGUUUGCAAGACUGAUUUAUUUAUAACCACCUCAGAGAAUCUUGGGUGUCGCAAGUCACUGGCAUUGUUAUUUUGGGGGUCGUGGGCUGAAAAGUUUGGGGACUCCUGCUUUAGAUCAUUAAAAAGUUUCCCUGAAAGCUUCUUUGUGGAACCAAAAAUAUUAUACAGUUUCUAAAAGAGUUGUUUGCAGUGAUGUCUUUGGUCAAUGGUUCCUAAAAACUCUAUUCAUUUCUAAUGUGAGAAACAUUUCAAUGAUAUAAAGAUAGUUUCCCUUUUUAAGAACAUUUUAUGGAUUGAAAAAGUUCCUUGAAGCCACUGAUUUCAAGCAAAGAGCCUUUAUUUUUAAGAGUAUAUUGCAUUGCUGCAAAAACUCAAUUUGGAAACUUUAUUUUUGUAAGUGUACCACAAAGUUCAGUAUCAAACAGUUGAUUUCUAAAUAAAAACUAUAUUAUAUAUACAUAUAGAUCAUAAACAUUUCAAUGUUUUAACAUGAUUGACCUCUUCGAUAACUACACCUCAACCUUAAAACAACAUUCAUUUCUUUAAAAAGUCAACCUCCCCGAAUGUCAAGAAAUAAUUUGCACACUGCCUAGAAUGAGAUAAAUAUUCAUAAUGUACACAUUCACUCUGCAUUUCAUCUAGAACCGGGACUGAUGUCUGAUACCUCAAGUGUAAUGCAUUAUAAAGGUGACAUUUUAAUGUUGGUCAUCGAGGACAUCUCGCCUCUCGAACUGAGACGUGUUCCUGCCAGACAUGACCAAAUCAGACUGCAUUUUGCCACUGGUGUGUCACAAUCAAUACAUUUCUUCUUGAGUUGAUCCACACAUUUCAAGCCACAUGUUGCUGUAUUGUAAUUCGGAGGUCGAGCAAAUCCAUAGAUCAGUGCAGUAGAUGGCACUGUAUCCUAAAGCACAUUGGCCUCGUCUUCCUAGACCCCUCGUCAACUCAGGCAAGACGCGGUGAGGUUUUAAUAUGUCGUGACUUUUGAGACGCUUCAAAGCCAGUAUGGAAAUAUGCAUCACUUAUACUUGAGAAUGUUUUAAAUAUUGCACUGAUGGCUGUUUUUGAUGAGUUGUUGGUUUCACGCCAACUUUUAAAGAUACUAUUUUUCUAAAUGGAAAAAAAAAACAAUUCUUAAUGUAUGGAAGCUCCAGGGUGGUUUUCACUCGUUCUUUGCAAAGGCUUUUAUUAUGCCUGUUGAAUUACUGUAUGUGUAAUCACCAGUGCAAUCUCACGACGAUUCGUAACUAUUUGAUUUAGUGGCUAAUUCGUAUGAAUUUGUACGAACUCAACUGUAUACUCUAAAAAAGCGUUUAGUUACUGUAUGAGUAAACCUGUUGCCUUAAAAACGAAAGUUUGAAAAAAAAAAAAA